AUGGCCUCAGAGGAUGUGCAACUGGCCAGGAAGGCUGUUGAGUUUAACAGGGAGAACCUAGAGAGUGUGCUCAAGCGGCGCUUUUUCUUCGCGCCGGCUUUUGAAUUGUACGGUGGUGUAUCCGGGCUGUAUGACUACGGUCCUCCGGGCUGUGCCUUCCAGGCCAACAUCGUCGAUGUCUGGCGGAAGCACUUCAUCCUGGAGGAGGAUAUGCUGGAGGUGGACUGCACGAUGCUUACCCCCUACGAGGUCUUGAAGACAUCUGGCCAUGUGGACAAAUUCUCUGACUGGAUGUGCCAGGACCCCAAGUCUGGUGAGAUCUUCCGUGCGGACCACCUUGUUGAGGAGGUUCUUGAAGCACGCUUGAAGGGCGACAAGGCUGCGCGUGGGAUUUCUGCGGCUCCCGAGGAGGAAGAUGCUGACAAGAAGAAGCGUAAGAAGAAGGUGAAGCAGAUCAAGGCCGAAAAACUCGACGACAGCGUUAUCCAGGAGUACGAGUCUGUUCUGGCUAAGAUCGACGGCUACUCCGGGGAGGAGCUUGGUGAGCUGAUGGUGAAAUUCAACAUCGGUAACCCGGUUACUGGUGAGACUCUCGAGCCACCAAAAGCAUUCAACCUGAUGUUUGAGACUGCCAUCGGUCCAUCUGGGCAAUUGAAAGGCUAUCUAAGACCAGAGACCGCCCAAGGUCAGUUUUUGAACUUUAACAAGUUAUUGGAAUUCAACAACGGUAAGACGCCUUUUGCCUCUGCUUCCAUCGGCAAGUCAUUCAGAAACGAGAUUUCGCCCCGUUCUGGUUUGUUGAGAGUGCGCGAGUUCCUGAUGGCCGAAAUUGAACACUUUGUUGACCCUGAGAACAAAAACCACCCUAGAUUUGAUGAGGUGAAGAACCUAAAACUAAAAUUUUUGCCUAAAGGGGUUCAGGAAGCUGGACGUACUGAGCCGAUAGAAUCAACUGUCGCGGACGCAGUUGCCUCCGGAAUGAUUGACAAUCAGACCUUAGGCUAUUUUAUCGCCCGUAUUUACCAGUUCUUGACAAAGAUUGGUGUCGACGAAGAAAAGUUGAGAUUCAGACAGCACAUGAGCAACGAGAUGGCUCACUACGCGACGGACUGCUGGGAUGCGGAAUUGAAGACCUCUUAUGGCUGGAUUGAAUGCGUUGGGUGUGCGGAUAGGUCGGCAUACGAUCUUACUGUCCACGCUAACAAGACGAAGACCGCCUUGGUUGUGAGGGAGAAGCUAGAUGUACCUAGACAGGUCACACAAUGGGAGAUUGAGCUCACGAAGAAGCUCUUCGGACCUAAGUUUAGGAAGGAUGCACCAAAGGUGGAGAACUAUCUACUGAACUUGUCGCAGGAUGAGUUGGCUAGCAAGGCUGAGCAGCUCUCUUCCGAUGGAAAGAUCGUCUUCCAGGUGGAAGGUAUUGAAGGCGAUAUCGAGUUGGAUUCGAAGUUCAUCUCUAUUGAGCACAAGACAAAGACCGAGCACGUGAGAGAGUACGUUCCAAAUGUCAUCGAGCCAUCGUUUGGUAUUGGCCGUAUCAUAUACGCCAUUUUUGAGCAUUCCUUCUGGAGCAGACCGGAGGAUGCCGCAAGGUCUGUGCUAUCUUUCCCACCUUUGGUUGCGCCAACUAAGGUUUUGCUCGUCCCGCUAUCCAACAACGCCGACUUGGCAGAGGUUGUUACUGAGGUGUCUCGGGUGCUAAGGAAGGAGCAAAUUCCAUUUAAGGUUGAUGACUCUGGUGUGUCCAUUGGUAAGAGAUACGCUCGGAAUGACGAGCUUGGAACGCCGUUUGGCAUCACCAUUGACUUCGAAUCCAUUAAGGAUGGCUCCGUCACAUUGAGAGAGAGAGACAGCACCAGACAGGUCAGAGGCUCUGUCACCGAUAUCAUCAGGGCGAUCCGCGACAUUACCUACAAUGGUGUGACGUGGGAGGAAGGUACUAAGUCAUUAACGCCAUUUGUGUCGCAAUCUGAAUAA